GAAGUCCUUGGAGGAUGUGGCGUGCAAGGACAUCAAUCCUAUAUCAAUGAAUCAUUAGAAAGAAUAGCCAAUAUGUUCAAGCACAAGGUGUUUGAUGUGACGAUUCAACUUACCUGUUGUCACGUGAGCGGUGGGGAAGGCGGCGAGGCAUAUGUACGGCAGAAUACUGACACAAAACCGCCUUGCAAACGACCUGGCUCCCUUCUUCUUCUCCUCUCUUCCCAGCCUAGUCUCUUGUACUUUAGAUCGCUCCUAGCGAUAAGAAACUGUUCUAUUGCCUGGAAUUGGAUCCGUCACAUUUUUCUGAGAUUCAUUAAUGAAGAAUUGUGGUCACUGCAUAGAAUGUGA